GUAUAGCAUGACCCUGAAGCUUAAGAUAAUCUUACCGUGAUAAAGUUAGCAGAAGAACAUUCCACCUGUCUUUCUCGAAAGAAUAAAAAAUCAAUAGGACGCGACACGAUUACAUUACGGUGAAUGAUGACGACGGUGGCACUGAAGUUCGGUAGAAGAAUGAACACGGCACUCCGAUCAUCGAAUCUUCUCUAUCGCUCUUCCUCUUCCUUUCUUCUCUCCGCUAACUUCCUCAUUCAAAUUCCCCUCACUCGCAAGAUGAGCACGGAUGCACAUAAUAUUGCCUCCCAGCUUAACAGUUCGGGGUUGUUGAGGACUCAGGGCCUCAUUGGAGGGAAAUGGCAGGAUGCUUAUGAUGGGAAAACCAUAAAGGUUUAUAAUCCAUCAACUGGCGAAUCUAUAGCAGAUGUAGCAUGCAUGGGUGGAAGGGAAACAAAUGAUGCCAUUUCCUCUGCUUUUGAUGCAUUUAAAUCAUGGAGCAAAACCACUGCUGCUGAGCGAAGUAAACUUCUGAGGAAAUGGUAUGAUUUGCUAAUGGCACACAAAGAAGAGUUAGCACAACUAAUAACCUUGGAGCAAGGAAAGCCUCUUAAAGAGUCUCUGGGUGAGAUAAAUUACAGUGCUGGCUUUAUUGAGUUUGCAUCGGAGGAGGCAAAACGUAUAUAUGGGGAUAUAAUUCCCGCACCUCAAUCUGAUCGGAGGUUAUUUGUUUUAAAGCAGCCUGUAGGGGUUGUAGGUGCAAUUACACCUUGGAACUUUCCCCUUGCUAUGAUUACCCGAAAGGUUGGUCCAGCCCUUGCAUGUGGAUGUACAGUGGUCAUAAAGCCCUCUGAACUUACACCUCUGACGGCUUUAGCUGCAGCUGAACUCUCUAUUCAAGCUGGAAUUCCUGCGGGUGUUGUAAACGUGGUUAUGGGAAAUGCUCCUGAUAUCGGAGACGCUUUAAUCGCAAGUCCACAGGUAAGGAAGAUUACAUUCACUGGCUCGACGGCUGUUGGAAAGAAAUUGAUGGCAGGUUCUGCUGAGACGGUUAAAAAAGUAUCUUUGGAACUUGGUGGCAAUGCGCCUUGCAUAGUUUUUGAUGAUGCUGACCUGGAUGUUGCAGUGAAAGGAACACUUGCAGCAAAGUUCCGUAAUAGCGGACAAACUUGUGUUUGUGCAAAUAGAAUUCUUGUGCAAGAAGGUAUAUAUGACAAAUUUGCAAAUGCAUUGCUUGAGGCUGUUCAGAGUAUGAAAGUUGGAGAUGGUUUUAGUGAAGGUGUGGCUCAGGGCCCUCUGAUCAAUGAAGCUGCUGUUAAAAAGGUUGAUUCCUUGAUUCAUGAGGCUACAUCAAAGGGGGCAAAAGUAAUUCUUGGGGGUAAAAGACAUAGCCUUGGAUCAACUUUUUAUGAACCAACAGUCAUCACUGAUGUAGACAAUGACAUGCUUAUAUCAAGACAGGAAGCAUUUGGACCUGUCGCACCCCUUUUGAGAUUCAAAACUGAAGAGGAUGCUAUCAGAAUUGCUAAUGACACUAAUGCAGGCUUGGGUUCAUACGUAUUUACAAACAGUAUCCAACGAUCAUGGCGUGUAGCCGAGGCUCUUGAAUAUGGACUUGUAGGUGUUAAUGAAGGAGUAAUUUCAACAGAGGUGGCUCCAUUUGGUGGAGUUAAACAGUCUGGCCUCGGAAGAGAAGGUUCCAAAUAUGGGAUGGAUGAAUAUUUGGAGAUCAAGUAUGUCUGCUUGGGAAACAUGAACAAAGAUUGAAGUAUGAGUUAAUAUAUGAGGCUCUGCUAAGCUUAUACAGUAUUCAGCUGCUGAUCAAAUGUAUUUGGAUUUUGGAAAUGGGAGGGGUUACCUUCUGUUUAUCCAUUGCAGAAGAUGAUAUGCAUGCAGGGACUGAGGGAGACUUGCAUCACAGUAGGGGCCAUCUAAAUAAAUUGAGUAAAGUAGCAUUUUAGUCUUCAAAGUCGAAGACUCGGGUAAUUUAGUUUUUCAGAUUUGUAAAAUAACAACAGUUUUAUGUAAAAAAAAUAAAGUGACAAUGGUUUUGUUCGGCAA